UAGUUGAUCUCAAGAGAUUUUGUGUAAAAUCCGGAAUAUUUCACAGAAAAAUGUCAACUGUCGAAGAAUUACAGAAGGAAGUGCAAGAAUUGGAGGCCAAACUAGCAGCCGUCCAAGGGAGCGCGGGCCCAGUGCGGCAGAAAAUUGACGUUAUGUCGUCCGAAGUUGUGGAUUCUAAUCCCUACAGUCGUCUGAUGGCACUGAAGAGGAUGGGCAUAGUGGACAACUAUGAGAAGAUCCGAGAGCUGUCCGUGGCUGUAGUAGGAGUCGGUGGUGUCGGCAGUGUCACUGCGGAGAUGCUCACCCGUUGUGGGAUUGGGAAGCUCAUUCUCUUCGACUACGACAAGGUGGAACUUGCGAACAUGAACCGCCUCUUCUUCCAACCACACCAAGCCGGUCUCAGCAAGGUGGCUGCGGCCGCAGCUACGCUACAGAACAUCAACCCGGACGUCACCAUUGAUGCAUACAACUAUAAUAUUACAACAGUGGAGAAUUUCCAGAAGUUCUGCGAUGCCAUUAGCACUGGUAGUUUGACCGGAGGCCCUGUGGACCUAGUUCUCAGUUGCGUGGACAACUUCGAAGCCCGAAUGGCCAUCAACACCGCCUGCAACGAGCUCAACCAGAAAUGGUUUGAGAGUGGAGUCAGUGAGAAUGCUGUAUCGGGACAUAUACAGUUCAUUGUGCCUGGAGUUACUGCCUGUUUCGCUUGCGCGCCUCCUCUAGUAGUGGCGUCUAAAAUCGACGAGCGGACACUUAAACGCGAAGGAGUCUGUGCGGCCAGUCUUCCAACUACUAUGGGCAUUGUUGCCGGAUUCUUGGUACAAAAUACACUAAAGCAGCUACUAGGAUUUGGAACUGUCAGCCACUAUUUAGGCUACAGCGCGCUGACAGACUUCUUUCCUAUGAUGAGUUUGAAGCCAAACACCCAGUGCGAUGACAACCACUGCCGCACGCGACAGAUCGAAGCGCGCGCGAGGCCGCAGGUAGAGGUCGCCACUGAAGUCACCGAGGACGCGGGACCAGUACAUGCUGACAACGAAUGGGGAAUCAGUUUGGUUGAUGAAAAUUGCCCCGAAGAAGAAGAUACCUCCAAUUUGAAACUUGUUGAUGGUGUUCAGGUAGCCUACAGUAUACCUGUGGACAACAGUACUCCUGAAUCCAGCACAGGUGGCGCCGUGGCUGCCUCCGAACUGUCUCUCGAAGAACUUAUGCAGCAGAUGAAGUCCAUCUAAACCUACCACAUAUCGUCUGGCAGGGUCGCCAUGUAUACCUAUACCCUGUAUGUAUGAAGCGUUUAUAAAAAUUGGAAGGACAAAAGGGGCUCUUAAUAAGAACUUAUGCAGUAGCUGAAAUUCAUCUAAACCUGCCACAUAUUCCUUACUGGCAGAGUCGCUAUGUGCGAAGCGUUUAUAAAAAUUGGAAGGACAAAAGGCGCUCUUAAUAAGAACUUAUGCAGUAGCUGAAAUCCAUCUAAACCUGCCAUAUAUCGUCACUGGCAGGGUCGCCAUGGAUACCCUGUACGUAUGAAACGUUUACUAAAAUUAGAAGGUUACAAAAGGCGCUAUUUCACAUCUGAUCUAAGCUUGUUGCGUCUAAUGACGUGCAAUAGCAAGCUUUUUUUACUAGGUACAGUCAUCCAAUUGAAAUCCUAGGCCACUCUACAACCAUGUCAAAAUGACGAGCAGUAUGAGAUUUCUUACAAUCUGAUUUAUAACGUCACUAUAACAUAGUUCUAGUGGCCUGUUCCAAUUGGUUGACUGUACAUUGGUCCAUAUUUGUGAUAAGAAUAGUACCCUACCCUGUAUGUAUGGUUUACAAAGAUUGAAAAGUCACGUAAGGCGCUCUUUUACAUCAGAAAACUAUAGUAUCAAAGCCUGUUGCAUCUUACGUCGUUGUAAAAUUUUUACUAGUUACAGCGGUCCAUAUUUGCAAUAAGAAUCUGAUUUUUGGGCUAAACUACAAUGCAUGGUAGUACCUCGUCUAUAACUACAAGUGCUGUUUGCUAUGAAACAACUGUCUAAAACCAGUGGACAACGGUACCCUGAAUCGACAAAGUAAUUAUAUAGUCACAAACAUAAACAAUAUGCAUGAGCGAUAGAGAACGGAUUGACUGGUCAAUGUACGAAAUUCUUGAUACUUAACAUUAUAGCUUUUUUACAAUUCUGUGCUACUCUAUUUAGAACAUAAUAUAUGUCGCAUUCCAGAAAGACAAAUACAUAAAUGUGACAUUAUCUUGGUAAAGGGGCCUUUGUCGACGGCGCUUACGGCGUUAUGAGCGAUGUUCGUGUACAAAUACCAUGCCGCGGGACGUAAGCGCCAUCGACAAUGAGGUCCCUUUACCCAGAUAACGUCACAAAUGUGGUAUUUUAUUGUAAGUACUAUAAUGAAAUGAGAAAUUUUAUUUUUAUUUGGAUAUUUUAUAUGAAUAUUGUUAUUAGUUGCUAAGCUACGAGAAAUAUCAAUGUUUGUAAGCAAAUUUUAUUAUUAAAUGUCUUCGGCGAGA